CACAGCUCCUAAGAAUUCUCUCACCUGCCUUCUGCCCUUAGGCUCUGCUAGAUUGCAAAUGACCUACUUUCUUUCUGAUCCUGGGCUGCGUUCCCACCCCUGUCAGAUAGUAAAUCCCAAGUAAGGUACCUGCUUUCAGCAGAUCUGAGCUUUCUUCUUGGACACCUAAAACCCACAGUCCUCCAGAAAGCAGUUCCCUCCUUUGUGCGGUGCAGCUAGAAGAAAACAAAAUUUUCUUAGGACAUGCAUCAUUACUAAGAAUUUUUCCGUAAAUUUAUCUGUGCGCCUUCUACAGUUACCUGUGUGUCCCCUGUGGUACCUAUGGAAACCAGUUGUUGGGAAAUCCUUGUUAAGGUAUCUGAUGAAUCUCCAUAUCUCUUACACUGCACACAAUAAAUACCCGUGGAAUGAAUGAAUACAUAUAUGGAUGGAUGGACAGACGGAUGAUGCAUGGUAGAUGGAUGAAUACUUGAUCCCAUGCCCAUUGAGGGUUUGGGUCAGGGGACUGAUGUGAGCAGACACACAGAAGCACAGGCAGCCCCCGGCCUCCAGCAGAUUCUUCCAACCCAACUGGAAAGACAUGAUAUGGACUUGGGAAUUCUCUAACUCUGAAAGGCCCCCUCUGCUGAGGUGUCCCAUGUUCACAGACAGUGUGCAUGACCAGAGAAAAUGGGCCUUGUAAUAGUACCUCUUAGGGCUGCUGUGAAGGAAGGAUAACAUGGAAGCAACAUGCCUAUCAUAGUGCUUUGUGUAUGGGCAUAGCAAGAAGGCAGCCAUCUACAAGCUAGGAUGAGAGCCCUCACCAGAACCCAACCAUGCUGGCACCCUGAUCUUGGAAUUCCAGCCAUCCAAAUGAGUCAAGGCCACGGAUGGAGCAGGAGCUGUCACCGGUCAGUUUUCCAACCACGGGGAUGGAGCGUCCUGUAGUCCCAGAUUCCAGGGAAGCAUCCUUCAUUAAGGCUUUGAGCCACAGGGUCAAACUGAACUCCUUCCUGCUGUUCCUGUAAUGCGGCACUCAGACUGGAUCCCUGUUUUUGAAGAAGUAAAUGUCUAGAAACAGGGACAAACUGGUGUGGUGGACCUCAGUUUUGAGGCUGAGAGUCCUCUGGCGCCCCCUACAGAGCUCCUGGAGAGACUGCCCAGCUAUGACUGGCUUCUUCAAGGGGGCAGAGGACAGAUAUUCUUCCCGCCUUUGGAGGCCCCAGGGAGGCCCCAGGAGCAAAGGUCCUGGCCCUCGUUCCUGGAACACAGAGUCCCUGCGAUGACGGAGGAGGUGGCCCAGGAAGCCCUCCUCAGCUUUGUGGACUCUAAGUGCUGCUACAGCAGCACGGUGGCUGGAGACCUCGUCAUCCAGGAGAUGAAGCAGCAGACCCUCUGCAGGUACCGUCUGGAGACCUUUAGUGAAUCCAGGAUAAGCGAGUGGACAUUUCAACCCUUUACUAACCACUCUGUGGAUGGGCCGCAAAGAGGCGCCUCCCCCAGGCUCUGGGACAUCAAGGUUCAGGUUCCUCCGAUGUUUCAGGAAGACACCAGGAAGUUCCAGGUCCCUCACUCGUCACUGGUCAAGGAAUGCCACAAAUGCCACGGGCGUGGGCGGUACAAGUGCAGCGGCUGCCACGGGGCGGGCACGGUGCGGUGCCCGUCCUGCUGCGGAGCCAAGCGCAAAGCCAAGCAGUCCCGGAGGUGUCAGCUGUGCGCGGGGUCCGGCAGGCAAAGAUGUAGCACUUGCUCAGGGAGAGGGAACAAGACCUGCGCCACCUGCAAGGGGGAGAAGAAGCUGUUGCACUUCAUCCAGCUUGUCAUCAUGUGGAAGAACAGCUUGUUUGAGUUUGUGUCUGAGCACCGGCUCAACUGCCCCAGGGAGCUCCUUGCUAAAGCCAAAGGAGAAAACCUCUUUAAGGAUGAAAACUCGGUGGUGUACCCCAUUGUGGACUUCCCUCUGCGAGACAUCUCUCUUGCCUCCCAGAGGGGCAUUGCAGAGCACAGCGCUGCCUUGGCCUCCCGUGCCCGCGUCCUGCAGCAGCGCCAGACCAUUGAGCUGAUCCCCCUCACAGAAGUUCACUAUUGGUACCAAGGAAAGACUUAUGUCUACUACAUCUAUGGCACUGACCACCAGGUAUAUGCGGUGGACUAUCCUGAGCGGUAUUGCUGUGGCUGUACCAUCGUGUGACAUAGCAUAGCUGUCCCCAGAGCCUGCCAUUCACGUUUGCCAAGGAAGAUGACCGACACUCUCUGAGUGUGUUCACUGUUGGCUGCAUUGGACAAUCACAUACAAACCCUGGCAUGUCCUUCCAGAAAAACCAGCUUAUCAUCUAUCAAGCUCCAACCCCUUAUGCAGCUCCCCUGGUGGAAUCCAUGACUCAUAUGUUUAACCUACAAUAAUUCAGCUACACACAUUCCUGUAGAACAAAUGAGAGAAAUAAUUUAAAUGGCAAGGACUUUG